ACAACAUUCUUCGCCAGCGAUCAAAUGAGUCAGGAGUGAAAAGACCGCGAUCAGUUUACGUUUGAACUCCGAUUUAGCCAAAUAUAUUUUAUAGCUCCAGUUUUCCUUUAUCUUACCAUGUCCAGUCGCAAUCUGAUUAAGGUUUUUCUGCUAGUGGCGUUGCUCGGCUUGACUUUAGUGCCAUUUAGCCAAGCCCAUCCGAAAGGCGGUAAAAAACGUUCCCUCGGCAUGGGUCUUAUGGGUGGAGCUCUAGCUGGUUAUGUUUUAGGCAACGCCAUGGGCAAGCACCAGCCGGCUCCAGCAGCUGCUCCUGCUGCUCCCGUUGCCCAGGUGCAUCACUACUAUCCGGCAGCUGCUCCCAUUCCCCCUGCUCCCAUUGCUGUGGCGGCGCCAGCCCAUCCAGAUCCCAAGAAGAUGACCAUCAUCGAAACCGGAGCCCCUGCAGCCAAUGGUUGCUAUAAGCAAACUGUCCGAGAACCCGAUCCAAAUAAUCCCAAGGUAUAUACGGAGACGGAGCAUCUGAUAUGUCCCACGCUCCAGCAGGCAAAUCAGCCAGCUCCUGCGAUAGCUAGUGCUCCAAGUGCUGGCCACGUGCCGGUGAUGCCCCAGCCCUUCCCGGUGAUCUCCGCUCCGGUGGACGGUCCUCCAGCUCCAGUUGCUCCACCUGCUGCUGCUCCAGUUGCUGCACCUGCAGCUGCUCCUGUUGAUCCCGCUGCAGUGGCUCCAGGGGUGCAGGUGUCUGCUCCAGUCGCAGCUCCAGUUGCAGCUCCAGCUGCAGUUGCUCCUUCUCCAAUCGCUCCAGCAGUCGUCCACCACGCUGCAGUAUCAGUGGCAAUGCAAGCUCCGGUUCCGGUUGUCCCCGCAGUUCAGGCCACUCAAGGACCGCCCCAGGUCAUCCUGCUCUCCAAGAAAACUGUGUACUACCCCAAAAAGUCAUCCGCCGCAGCAACACUCAACAUUCCGCAGGGAGUACUGCUUAUCUUAGUAAUCUUUUACAGCAUUAAAGCCAUAAUAUUAUAAAUUAAGUAAUUUCAAAUACGUAGACUUAAGUUCUUUCAAUUAACUUCCUUUUUUAAAAACUUAAAAAAAAAACUUAAAAAAUCAAAACUAGAUUGUCUUGUUAAAAAUUUUGUAUGCUGGACAUUUUCUAUUGAUUUACAUGUUAGCGUUUAACAUUACUACCUCAUUAAAAUGAGUUUUUGUUCAAUCAGAAAUAUAUAUUAUAUAACAAGCUUAAUAUGGCAAAUUACUAUCCCACUAGUUUAUAUUGUUAAUACAAAAAACUUCAGCAUGACAAACAUAUUUUUGAAUCAUAUUGAUAUUCAAAUAUAUGCUUGUUAAUAGAGAUUUUUUAUACGAAUACAAUAUGAAUUAAACAUUUCUUACAAUCUACGUAACCUUUGAAGAAUUAUAAGCAAUAUUGGCGAAGAAACUAAUGUUUUUUUUUAUUAUGACCAUAUGUGCCUUUUUGUCUCCUUAAAAUACAAAAUACAAAAAUGG